GGACGCUUUGAAGGCUCCCUGAUGACCAAGGUCAUAGUAAGACACAAUGGAACCAUUGUUUGGACUCCUCCAUCUAGUUACAAAAGCUCCUGCACGAUGGAUGUGACAUUUUUCCCAUUUGACCGGCAGAACUGUUCAAUGAAAUUUGGUUCCUGGACUUAUGAUGGCACCAUGGUUGACCUUGUUUUAAUCGAUGAGAAUGUUGACAGGAAAGACUUCUUUGAUAAUGGAGAAUGGGAAAUACUCUAUGCCAAAGGCAUGAAAGGAAACAGAAGGGAGGGUUUGUAUUCUUACCCUUACGUUACAUAUUCUUUUGUUCUGAGGCGUCUGCCUCUGUUCUAUACCCUUUUCCUCAUCGUCCCUUGUCUUGGAUUGUCCUUCCUGACCAUCCUUGUCUUUUAUUUGCCUUCUGAUGAAGGAGAAAAACUCUCUCUCUCCACAUCAGUCCUAGUUUCCCUGACUGUUUUUCUCCUAGUGAUUGAAGAAAUCAUCCCAUCUUCUUCAAAGGUCAUCCCCCUGAUUGGGGAAUAUCUGCUGUUCAUCAUGAUUUUUGUCACCCUGUCCAUCAUCAUCACAGUCUUUGUUAUCAAUGUUCACCACCGUUCUUCUUCCACUUACCACCCUAUGGCCCCUUGGGUAAAAAGAUUGUUUCUCCAAAAGCUCCCGAAACUUCUCUGCAUGAGAGGCCCCAUUGAUCGCUACCCCUUCCCAGAUAAACAGAAACAAAUGAAGGAUGGAGAAAAAAUACUGGUAGCCUUUUUGGAAAAGGCUGCCGAGUCUAUUAGGUACAUCUCUAGGCAUGUGAAGAAAGAACAUUUCAUCAACGAGGUAGUACAGGACUGGAAGUUUGUAGCUCAAGUCCUUGACCGUAUCUUCCUCUGGCUAUUUCUGUUGGUAUCGAUAACGGGUUCCGUCCUGAUAUUUACUCCUGCUUUGCAGAUGUGGCUCAGCAGUUACCACUAG